AUGCCUUUCCUUACUUUUUUCUAUACAUUUGAAGGUCAUAGCGGAGUCAACCAACUGGGAGGUGUUUUUGUAGGUGGUCGACCUCUACCGGAUUCAACCAGGCAAAAAAUUGUGGAAUUGGCCCACUCUGGUGCAAGACCUUGUGAUAUUUCGCGUAUACUCCAAGUUUCUAAUGGAUGUGUCAGCAAAAUAUUGGGAAGGUAUUAUGAAACUGGUAGUAUUCGUCCCAGAGCUAUCGGCGGUUCAAAGCCUAGAGUUGCCACGACGGAGGUAGUUGCGAAAAUUGCGCAAUAUAAGAGCGACUGCCCUAGCAUAUUUGCGUGGGAAAUACGCGAUAAAUUGCUGCAGGAUGGAAUUUGCACAAAUGAUAAUAUACCAAGCGUUUCUUCAAUCAACCGUGUCUUGCGCAACAUAGCAGCCCAAAAGGAACAACAGCAGCACGGACAAGGAGUUUCAGUGUCUGAAGAUCAAUGCGUACUAGGUAUCACCAAUACUAUUCCUCCUUCAAGUGUGCAGACAGAAGCGCACUUAAAAUCUGCCGCAGACCAUAAACCUGAAAGCCCUCUAUCCUCUGUAAUAAGCGCGUCAGCAACAUCUCAUUUUGAUUCUGUUGUAGUUUCCAAUACAAAUGCUUCAGUAUAUAGUAAACUUAGAUUAUUAAGUGGUCAUGGAAUGCACCACCAUAAUCAGCCAAAACAUCAACAUCAGGCAUGGCCUCCGAAACAUUAUGCGUCGUCCUGGUACUCCAAUCAAAUAAAUAGUAAAUACAAUCUGAUAAAGUACACUGCACCAUCAAUAUCAAAUGCCUCCCCGCCACUUUCUGUUGUUCCAAGUGAAGUUACUUUAAAAAAAGGAGGAAUAUCUGGAGAAGAACGUGAGGAUGAGAAUAUGAAGGACGAAUCUGAAUUCAUCAACAAAUCUAAUGAAGGAGAAACAAAGAGCGUAAAUAUACCAUACUCAAAUGAAGGUGCUGGCAUUGAAGAUGAAGUGCGGCUGAAGCUUAAACAGAAACUGCAAAGGAAUCGUACUUCAUUCACAACGGAACAGAUAGAAAGUUUAGAAAAGGAAUUUGAGUGCACUCAUUAUCCGGAUGUAUUUGCACGCGAACGUUUAGCUGUGAAGAUUGGGUUACCCGAAGCACGUAUACAGGUGUGGUUUUCAAAUCGACGAGCUAAAUGGCGACGAGAAGAGAAGCUUAGAAAUCAGCCUCGUAUGAUAGAUCCCGGUGGAGGGGAAGCCCUGGUUAUUUCCGAUAUAACAAUGUCCGAGAAUAAUAUGAAAAAACCGUCUUCUGAUCUAUCCAGCAAUACUCUUUCAAAUACUGAAAAGUCCUCAUUAAUGGCUUUACGUACAUCGGAAAUGGAUAUGAAGAAAUCGUACACUGACGGUAAAGCCUCUGAUUGUAUCGAUUCAGUUGAGGAUGAAAGCUCAUCAAAUGUUCUUAAAUAUAAAAAUAUAUCGAACAUUCAAUUGGAAGAUAUGCCAUCAGGUAGUGAAAACCCGUCAUCUGGAAACAUAUCUCAAAUAUGCAAUGAAUCUAGGGGUCUCAACAAUAAUCACUGUUUUUUAAGAACAUCGGAAGCACUUAACACGAUUGGUCAAAUAUCUUCGUCGAAUACCCAACAUUCUCAUGACAAUUUGGAAUAUGCUACGCCAACACGGAUUAAUUUAAACAAUUCAUUCGGUUCGCCAAUGGUAACUAGAUACGCCUCAAUGCACCACAUGCCAUUAAGCGAUAUAUACAGCAGUUCCCCAACAUCAACAGCUGUAUCAUUUUCGCGGCAUGUUAUAACUUCAUCAAUCGGUCCGCCAUUAUUCCAGCAGAAAGAAUAUGUGUCACCUUCUAUUUAUUGUACGGUUGCUCCCAAAUUAUCUAUAUCCCCUACUGAGAAGCUACAAAAAGCAGUUUGUGGACCUGAAAAUAGCAGCGUUGAAUGUUCGCCUUCUGGCAAUACUUACGGCGGAUAUGCGCAUGUAAGUGGCGUGUCUGAAGGAAGUACAUCACAUAGCACCGGUGUCUUGUCAACGGACGGAUUUUCCUCCUCCCUUAAUGCAUCCAUUGACACAGUCACGAGCGAGCCUUCGUCCGGUACUGUACCAUGUAGUGCUUAUAACACAGUUUCCACAGCAAGCACACAUAAUUUUGACGUGAAUAUUAAUAACAGUCGAUCAUCAAGUUGUCCAUCUGCAAUGAAUAAGCAACAACAGCCAUUUAUAUCAUCUUGCUUUUACUCACCUUGGGUGUAAAACAACUCAGAUGCACUUUAUUCCUGAGACCACUAACAUUCUAAUAACUUGCAGUGUGGUAAUAAUAACAUACACAUACAGAAAGGCA